UCAACCUGCCCAAACCAACCCAACCCGCCCAUUUGCCGCCACUACUUAUGGUUGUAACUUUUGCAGGUUCUUCAAGAUGGUUGAAACUCUUUUUGAAGAUAUAUUUACAAUCACUCAGAAAGAUCCUGAUGGGAAAAAAUUUGAUCGAGUUAAUCGCAUUGAAGCACGGAGUGAGCAGUUUGAUAUGUACAUGCUUCUGGAUAUAAACACUGAAAUAUAUCCUAUGCGCGUGAAAGAGAAAUUUAUGAUGGUUUUAGCAUCUACAUUGAACUUAGAUGGGACACCAGAUACUGGUUAUUUCAUUCAGGGUAACAAGAAAUCGCUUGCUGACAAGUUCGAAUAUGUCAUGCAUGGGAAGCUAUAUCGUAUCUCAGAGGAAGGUGUAGGGAAGCACGUUAAAGCAGACAUUUUUGUUUCAUUUGGAGGACUUCUGAUGCAGCUGAGAGGAGAUCCAUCCAUUGCAGCUAAAUUUGAGCUUGAUCAGAAGCUUUUCAUUCUCAUAAGGAAGGUUUGAUGUAAAGAAUUGAUAAUAUCCCAAUUUUAACUUCAAAGGCGUUAGUAUUUUUGAGCUAAGCUACUGGCACGUGAUAAAUCACGUGUUGGGCUCAGUUUCAAGGAUACAAAAGAAUGUAACUGAAAAUAAUAACGAAGACCACGGAACAAGAGUUCUAUAUAUGUUGGGGUGUAGAAACCUAGUGUGCAGUUAUGAUCUUUAUUGCUGGUGGCGCCAAAAGAUGUUUUCCUACCACUAAUAUUUUGUGAUGAAAAAAAUAGCUCUUAUCAACUGGUAAUAUAGUUGCGGUUCAUGAAUUA